AUCCAAAAUAUAUCUGUGUUAAAUAUAGGUGUGCAACAAUUAUUGCCACCCUUAUGAAUUCAUGUAAGAAAAUUAUAUGUGAAGUAUAUUCCCGUUGAUAUUUUACAUUUUUAGUACACCUGGGUGAGGUAACACAUAGGCCAAAUUCAAUUAGUCAUUCAUGACAAUUGGUAAGACCAAGCAACAUAGCUGGGAUGUGCGGCAAAAGGUUGUGGAGCUUCACAAAAUGGGAAGUGGCUAUUAGAAAAUAGCACAAGCAUUGAAAAUGCCCAUUUCCACCAUCUGAGCAAUAAUUAAGAAGUUUCAGUCAACUGGAAAUGUUAUGAAUCAAUCUGGAAGAGGACGUGUGUCUAUAUUGUCUCAGUGCACUGUGAAGAGGACGGUUCGAGCGGCCAAAAAAUCUCCAAGGAUCACAGCUGGAGAGUUGCGGGAGUUAGUUGCGUCUUUGGAGUCAGAAAGUCUCCAAAACUACAAUCCGAAGUCACCUACAUCACCACAAGUUGUUUGGAAGGGUUUCAAGAAAAAAGCCUCUACUCUCAUCCCAAAACAAACUCAAGCGUCUUCAGUUUACCAGACACCACUGGAACUUCAAAUGGGAUCAGGUUCUAUGGUCAGAUGAAACUAAAAUAGAGCUUUUUGGUAAUAAACACCAGAGGUGGUUUUGGCACACACAGAGAGGUAGACUUAUGGAACAGUCCCUCAUGCCCACGGUUAGAUAUGGUGGUGGCUCUUUAAUGUUUUGGGGCUGUUUUUCUGCCAGAGAACCUGGACAUUUAGUUAGGAUACAUGGCGUCAUGGACUCUAUCAAAUAUCAAGAAAUAUUGAAUGAAAACCUGACUGCCUCUGCCAGAAAGCUUCAAAUGGGCUGUGUUUGGAUCUUACAGCAAGACAAUGAUCCAAAACAUACAUAAACAAAAAAAAAAAACCUGUGGGGUGAACUGAAGAGGAGAGUCCACCAGCGUUUGAAGGAUCUGCCGUGAUUCUGUACGGAGGAACGGUCUCAGAUCCCUUGCCAUGUAUUCUGCAACCUCAUCAGGCAUUAUAAGAGAAGACUCUUGUCUGUUAUCUUGUCAAAGGAGGUAGCACAAAGUAUCAACUUAAAGGGUGCCAAUAAUUGGUGCACACCUAUAUUUAACAAAGAUAUUUUUAUAUGAACCUGUGUUUUGUCUGCAAUUGUUUAUCCAUGAUAUCCAGAGAAUUUUUGUGAAUUUCUUUAACAAAAUAUAAAAGUUUUUCACAGCCUUCUUUGCUCAUAUUUACCAAGGGUGCCAAUAUUAGUGGAGGGCACUGUAAAUCAUGUUUUUACUUGCAGUACCCUGUAGAGCCAGUAGGUUCAAAGAGCACAGCUGAGCUUCCGAUGUGCAGACUCUAAUCUAUGAACGAUAAUGUUUUUGCAAAUGGCAGCAGUGAUACAGUUUAAGACUUCCUGCUUCAUUAUUAGUCUUAUCUGAAAACUGUACACAACUGCGAAUUAGCUCACAUCAUUCAUUUCAGAUUUGAUUUACAUUUAAAAAUAACCAUUUAUAUCUAGCAAUGAAUGGUGUGAUUAAUUGACGUUACUACACAGAGUUUAUUUGUUCUUAUUUGUUCGCCAGCAGAUAUGUGAUUUUAAAUGAUUUUAAUGAUUACACAUUUUAAAUGAUUAGCAGUCAAGACAUGAAACAUUAUUGUGGUUUGGUUUCUGUUCUAGCUGAGCUGUGUGAGAAAUGAGGAAAUGCUGUCUUUCACAUUCUCAGUAAAGCGAAAGUUAAAACAGCCACACCUAUAUGUUCUCACUCUAGUUUCUGUGGCAAACACUAACAGCACUCAGUGAGCUCAAGGUCCUGGUUCGCUAUGGUCAUUAAAAAUCCCAGGACACUUCUUGUAAGGAGUAGGGGUGUAACCCUGGUGUCCCGGUGAAAUUCCCUCAUUGGCCCUUAUCUAUCAUGACACCCUAAUAAUCUCCAUCUCUGAAUUGGCUACAUCACUCUCUUCUCCUCUCCACCAGUGGAUGAUGUGUAGUGGGUGUUCUGUCGCAUCAUACACACUGGUGGUGGUUGAGAAGACCCCCGCCCCCCCCACACACACAAUGUAAAGUGCUUUGAGUGCCUAGUAAAGCGCUAUAUAAGGAAUUAUUAUUAUUAUUAUUAUUAUUAUUAUUAUUAUUAUUAUUAUUAUUAUAUACAAAUAAAAUGAAUGAAAAUACACACAGAUUUAUUGGAAAAAUCUAAGUCUUAGAAUCCCUUUCACUGAUCACAUCUAGGUUGUACAUUUAAGAACAACAUUUUGUGACUAGCAGAAGCCCUGCCUCCCAGCUUCAGAGGAGGUUCUGACAUCAUGUCCAGUGAACUUUUCUGAUCUUUAUGGACUGCAUCAAACCCAAAACCUGAAGUAAAUCUGACAGAAUAGAAAAGUUUCUUGAUUUAGGAAAGACCUCAUUCUUUUAAAAGAGUUAGCUUGCUUAUUCUAUCAAACGAGAUAAAAAGCUUUCCAGAAAGUUCCACUGGAUGUCUUGUUGAGAUCAAUUAUGAACCUGAGUGAAGAAGCAGAGGAACUGUACAAGUUCAGGAGUUGAAUAAAGUUAUGUUCUGAAAAUUGUUGUUGUAAUUUCUGGGUUCAUAUAAAAAGAGCACAUCAACUUUGACCAGAACGGAAGUCUUUCUCUCUUUCACUCUGUGUGUAAGAACACAGGAAGUGUAGUGGCUUUAACACAGACCACUGAUCAGUCAGUCCUUCAUCAGUGUGACAGGAUGGAGCUCCGUCCACUGCGUGUGAUGAUCUUGCUUAUUCCACUUAUCCGAGUCGGACAAGCUCAAGCAGUGUUUAAACCAGUUCUGUCUGUGAAGCCGAAUUCACCACAAAUAUUCAGAGGAGAGACGGUUACACUCACAUGUAGGAUUUCAGGAGGAAGUGGACCGUACUACUGGAACAAAGAUGAUGAUAAUGUUCACAGUUCUGCUGAAAAUUUCUACACUAUAAAAGUAGAUCAGAGUCACAAAUACAGAUGUUACGGGUCUGUUGAUGGACGGACAACAACAUGGAGUAAUGAAGUGACUCUCUCAGUGAUAGAGAGACCAAAAGCCGUUCUGACUCUGCAGCCUGAUGGACAGAUAUUCAGUGGACAGGAAGUGACUUUCACAUGUGAAAUACGAGGACAUGCAGACACUGAGUGGAUGUACAACUGGAAUAAAGAUGGUGUCCAAAUACUCUCCUCUGUUGAGAACAGUAAAUAUUCAUUCACUGCUGUAGAGUCUCUCAGCGCUAAAUACACCUGCAGUGGACGGAGAAGAAGCGACUCUCAGACCUCAGAGACCAGCAACACUGUUACACUCACUGUGUCAGAAAAACCCAAACCGACUGUGAGAGUGAGUCCUCAGAGCUCCGUCUACACUGGAGACAGAGUUACUCUGAACUGUAAUCUGCUGUCUAAUGGAUGGACUUUUCUCUGGUACAAAGAUCGAGUCCAAGUAGCUGAAGACACCGACACAUUCCAUGAUACAGUCUCUAAUGCAGGAGAAACAGUGUAUCAGUGUAAAGCACGCAGAGGAAACUACGACUCAGAGCUCAGUGAUCCAGUUACAGUUACAGUUAGAGUUCCAUCAGAUAGAAAAGCUCCACUGUCGGUACUGAAGCUCCUCAGCAGUGCAGUAGCGGCCUCUCCGUAUGUGCUGGUGACCAUCAUUCUGGCAGUGAAGUGUUACAGAGCUCGAACUGACCCUGACGAGGACAACAGACCGUAUAGAGUGAUAGAAGCUGAAGCAUCUGUCUGAGUCUCAGGGAACAGACGUGAGAAAUGCGACAUGACAAAAGAAAGAACGACUCAGAUCGGGAGGUGAGGUGAACUAACAGACUGUAUAGCCUGAAGACCUAAUGCUAAGCUAUUAAUUAAUCAUUUCUGUUUCUCAUAAUUUGGC